AGACAGGUCUCGCGUUGGUAAACAGCUGCAGUUGUUUCCAAAAAAGUAUUGGGUGUCCAAUAGCUGCCCAUCAAAAGUACACAUUUGACUCACUGCUACCAAGGCGAGCUCGCACUCCAGCUUGGCGAUCAGCGUGGUUCAGACGCUCCGAUCCUUUCUUUCAGUUUCUAUUGUUUUUGGUCUGCGCGGACAGCCACCGACAAUAAGCAGCCAUGGAAGCCAUCAAGAAGAAGAUGCAGAUGCUCAAGCUCGACAAGGAGAAUGCCAUGGACAGGGCCGAGCAGGCCGAGUCAGACAAGAAGGCAGCUGAGGACAGGAGCAAACAGCUUGAGGAUGACCUGGUAGCAUUGCAGAAGAAGCUGAAGUCAACUGAGGAUGAGUUGGACAAGUACUCUGAAGCCCUGAAGGAUGCCCAAGAAAAACUGGAGCUGGCUGAGAAGAAAGCCACAGACGCCGAGGGCGAUGUAGCGUCCCUGAACAGACGUAUCCAGCUGGUUGAGGAGGAGUUGGACCGUGCUCAGGAGCGUCUGGCCACAGCUCUUACCAAGCUGGAGGAGGCCGAAAAGGCUGCUGAUGAGAGCGAGAGAGGCAUGAAGGUUAUUGAGAACAGAGCGAUGAAAGACGAGGAAAAGAUGGAGCUGCAGGAGAUCCAGUUGAAGGAGGCCAAACACAUUGCAGAGGAGGCUGACCGCAAAUACGAGGAGGUGGCCCGUAAACUGGUCAUCAUUGAGAGCGACUUGGAACGUACAGAGGAGCGCGCUGAGCUGUCUGAGAGCAAAUGCUCUGAGCUGGACGAGGAGCUGAAAACGGUGCAGAACAACCUGAAGUCUCUGGAGGCUCAGGCAGAGAAGUACUCACAAAAGGAGGACAAGUACGAGGAGGAGAUCAAGGUUCUCACAGACAAGUUGAAGGAGGCUGAGACUCGUGCUGAGUUCGCAGAGAGAUCAGUCGCCAAGCUGGAGAAGACCAUCGAUGACCUUGAGGAUAAACUGACACGCACUAAAGAAGAGGGCCUGAGCGUAAAGCAGAUGGAUCGGACUCUAAUGGAGAUAGUUAACCUUUGACCUGCUCUGUCCCCCUCCCCACAUUGCCUACUCAGCUCUGAAUAUGGCUGACUCUCUCAUAAGGCUGCUGAAGUGAUGUUAGGACAUACCUUUAGGUGUGUCGUCUGAUCUUGUCAUCCUGAAGAAACAAGCUGAUACAAACUGCUUCAGUGAGCUGAGGUUACACCACAGUCUGUCACACACUGUUAUUAAAGAUGUACAAAACAUUUAACUGACAAUAAGUUUACAUUUACAUCAAUUUGCAAAUUUUUUGGGGGUGCACAUAAUCAGCGUGAACAAAGCCAUUUGCUAAGCCAAUGUUAUAUAAAAGGGACUUUUGUUACGUGCUUUUGUAAAGUUGCUUGUAUGUCUUUGUUCUUUCUGCAUUGUAAGCAUUUAUUCUUUGCCUGUGAUGUAAACGUUCAGCUAAACAAGGAGGGACUUGUUCAUGCAUUUGCUUUAACGUGCGGUUUUGUUCAGUCAAGUGAAAAAUGUUUGUGCACUGUACUAACUUCUCUGUUCAUCAUGGGGAACUGAUUUCUUGUCUGUUUUUGUGUUUCUUAUUUUAUAUUGGAAAUGUAAAGAUAAUGAAUAAAUGGUUGGAUCAA